AUGGUCUCGGCAAUCGUCGGAGGCGCCAAAGGAGAACCUCUUCUGAAAUUUGUGAAACGUCAAGUACAGGAAGUGAAAAAUGCUCCGGCUGAAGCGCGCACCGACUCGAAGGAUAAAGAGCCAAAUGGGCGUAAGACUUCGAGUGGAUCGGGAAGAGGACAGAGGGUACAGCGGAGGAUGAGUCAAAUAGAACAGGAUACUCGCUCAAGGCUUCUCUGUUGUUUCUCGGAGGGUUUCUUCUUAGCACUGAAAGAGUACAGAAAUUCGCUGACGAAAGCAUGCGACCCGCUAAGAUGCUGUUCCACAAGGCCAGAGAAGUACGGCAACUCCUUCAUGGAGAUCGCACGGGUUCUCUCAAAUCUCUUCAGGGACCUGAACGUUUCGGGUUCGGAUGUCGCAGCAGGUUUAGUUCUCCUGAGAAAAUAUCAACGCUUGCAACGUGAAACUAUCCAAGAACAAAUUGAGAACGACACGUAUCAGUUUUUGUCAGGAGUCCCUAUUACCUCUCAGACACAUUUCCUAGAUGUUAAUGAACCUGAGGUCUGCGAAGAGAUUGAAGCCAUCACCCACUAUAUGGAAUUCGCUCUGGGCGUUUACGGCUGGCCAAUGUACCUCAUGACGAACGGGGUUGGUAGAGCUUGUGCAUGCUCGUUUCUGGGACAGCUCCGAUGCCUUUGCUGUUUGAGGAAACGAGAUUCCGAGAGCUCCAAUCGUUCAAUUGUCAUCGAGGACAACUGUUGCCUAUGCAACUUCGCCGCUGUCGAUCAGAUGCUCAUGAAGAACAACCCCAACGUGCAAGUCAUUUACGUCAGCUAUCACGUCAAUGUUAACGAGACCCCGUUUCUGAUCUCACUGGACCAUGAACGGCGCACGGUGGUCGUGAGCAUCAGGGGAACUCUCUCACUGCAGGACGUACUCACGGAUUUGAAUGCCGAUGGAGAAGAAUUACCGAUAGAAUCCCCGCGUCCGGAUUGGAUAGGACACAAAGGCAUGGUAAAAGCUGCCCAAUACAUCAAAAGCAAGCUGAUUGAAGACGGUCUCCUAAAUUACGCCUUCAGCUACAGCUCGGACCGUGGGACGUCGACUUAUGACCUCGUGCUUGUCGGCCAUUCCCUCGGCGCCGGGACGGCGGCCAUUCUGUCGAUUCUUCUGAAGAAAACCUAUCCUAAUCUCGUGUGUUACGCGUAUUCACCCCCGGGGGGCACUCUGAGUAUAGCAGCAGUCGAGGCAACGAAAAGCUUCAUUACUUCAGUCGUGCUCGGCAAAGAUGUCGUGCCCCGGAUAGGACUCCAUCAGAUAGACGCUCUGAGGAGUGAUCUCAUGAAUGCUAUUAGCCAUAGUGAUGAUCCUAAGUGGAAGAUUAUCAUGGGUGGAAUGAUGUGUUGUUCUUGUUGCGGACGAGAUUCGGUCAAAGAAGAUCAGUUAGCGGCUCAUAUGCUACACGAGCGAAGCGGUCUUCGGCAUUCCGAGUCGAAUAUCACCCUCAACUGUUCCGAACCCCUUUUCCCGCCGGGAAGAAUCAUCCACAUAAUCCGAUCUCACCCUAAAAAUAAUUUAGCCAAUUACGAUACCUCAGACACGUCUGUGCGCUCAGAGAAAAGUAUAUGGAGGAAAAUAGGUUUUGGCUCAGAUGAAGAGCCUGUAUAUCAAGCGUUGUGGACGGAUCCGCGAAACUUCGACAAAGUUCUAGUCUCACCGUCUAUGAUUCAGGACCAUAUGCCAGACAAAGUAUUGGAGGCGCUGAGGAAACUCCUCACAAAAAGUGGCCCAACGAAACCGAAACGUGCUGUUCCAGCCAGGAACGAGGUUCUCAUGGCUAUCCAUGGCGAGCCGCUCGUGCUCGAUCCCCUAGCUCCUAUGGAAAACGAAGAGCACAUUGCGGAGCGGGUGCGUGCCAUGCAAAGAGUCAAGGUGGUGACGGAGGCUCCGCGGCCCGCGAGCUCCAUCAGUUCCCUCGGUCUCUCUUUCCCGGCGCCAAACCCCCGAGGAGCUCCACUCGCUUCGCCCGAAACCCUGAGCGAAGUGAGCUCUGUCUCCGGCUUCUGCGUCGGAGACCCGCAGGGCAAACGGUCAUCUGUGAUAGAACGUGCGCAUUCCGACCAGCAGGUCACGGAGAAGUGCGACGUUCCACUCUAUUUACAACAAGAAGCUGAAGUUUCAAGCAGCGCUCCAGCGUCAAAACUGGGCGAGGACAUCGGCGAAGCGACCGACGAUUCGGCUUUCACUGCAGCGACUUCAGUCCUCAAGGACGGUAGUGGGAAUAGUUCACCGGGCAAGAAAGUCCGAGUCUCUUUUGAUCCUCCUAGCGACGAGGAUCGGAGAAACUCACCUCGUGGAGUUGGCUGGUUGGCCUCGUGCUCCUCAGAUUCUCCCACGACGGAAGAUGAAACCCAGUUGACGAUGGAAGACCAAUUGGCUAUGUUACGGACAAUUCCUUUCCCGAAGGAUCAAGACUACGAUAGCGAUGUCGACGAAACGGCCUCAGAGCGAAGUUCCCAGCAUGCCUCGAGCUCGAUACUACCACCCGUACGACAGUAUUAUUACUACGACUACUACGACAAUGGGAGUGAUGCCACUCACCCCGCGCCCACUGAAAGCGCCUUGUGAGAAUCCUCAUUUUUGACUGCAGAAUAUCAGUUUAUUGUAUCGCGUCGUGUGCGCUGCUCUUAUUCAAUACUCAAUAUCGAGUACCCCUCAAGAUCGUUUUUCGGACGCUUAAGGAGAGGGGAAGGACGUGCGGAGCCUCCUGCCGCGCCCAAGAUUUGUACUUCAUGAGGCUGAAGGAAAGAUCUCGACCGCCUCCUGGAAACCUUGGCCCUGUUCGAAGAAAAAGUUAAGCUCCGCUCCUUCCGCUCCCUGGGGGAAGUCGUGCUUUUCGACCUGAUUC